AUGGACUUAUCUUCUAUUAUCACCCAAGCAGCCAAAGAAGAUGAGACGAACGCACCGCGUCCUACAGCAUUGAGUUGUCAAACAAGAACACGUGAAGGCAGAAAAAGACGACUUUUAUCGCUUCUUUUGUGUUGCCUUGGUUAUAGACGAUCUCAAGGAGAUGUUUAUCUACCCACAAAUGAAAUUGCUAUUGAUCAUGAGCCAUCUGAAAAAUAUUUAUUACCGGCUUUACGUGAAACUGAACGUACAAAAAUCUGCCUCGUUAUCGAUCUGGAUGAAACACUUGUUCAUAGUUCAUUUAAACCUGUUCCUAAUCCUGAUUUUAUCGUACCGGUGGAAAUUGACGGCAUCGUUCAUCAAGUUUAUGUAACUAAACGACCGCACGUUGACGAAUUUCUUCAGCGUGUAGGAGAAUUAUACGAAUGUAUUCUGUUUACAGCAAGUUUAUCAAAGUAUGCCGAUCCAGUUGCAAAUUUACUGGAUCCAAAUAAUAUUUUUCGUGCCCGACUCUUCCGAGAAUCAUGCACUUAUUACAACUGUAAUUAUAUCAAAGAUCUUAGCCGUCUUGGACGAAAUAUUCAUAAAGUAAUUAUUAUUGAUAAUUCUCCUGUAUCAUAUAUAUUUCAUCAAGAUAAUGCUGUACCUGUUUCGAGCUGGUUCGACGACAUGAACGAUAUGGAAUUACUUACAUUAAUACCGAUAUUUGAACGUUUAGCAUUAGUUGAUGAUAUUAAUUUUGUUGCUAAGAUGGCGAAAAAAGCGAUUGAUAAAACUGCACUUCGUCAGUUGAUGAAACAAGAAAAACAGAAAAAAAUUGACUCUCCUUUUGCCAAGUAUACGGGAACCGGACAAUUAUAUUGUGCACUAUGUGGUCAACAGUUGACAAAUGAGAUGUUCUGGAAAGCACAUGUAAAUGGAAAAGAACAUAAACAAAAAGUACUCGAAUUAAAAUCCAAUAUAACAUCAACGUCUUCAACAGCGGUUACAAAGCAGCAGACGUCCUUUGUUAAACCAUCACCACCGCCACUACCAUCACCACAACAAAAAGGAACAAAGAGGCCUUAUGAAGUAGGUAUGCUUAUUUUCGAUUGUUCAGAGUCAAGUCAUGCCGUGGUUGUUGGAAAACCAACGUCUGGAAAAACUCAAUUGAAAAAUUCCGCCCUACCAGAUGAUUUUUUUGAUUCUGGAUCCACGAAACCAGUAACACCAAUUAAGUCUACAAUCACAUUAACAAACAAUACUAAAGAGCCACUAACAACGUCAGUUACCGACAUUUCGGCACUGCCUGAAGGAUUCUUUGAUGACCCACAUGCUGAUGCACGAGCACGUAAAGUAGAAUAUGUAGACAAGAUGGAAGUUGAAUGGGAAAGUUUUUUAAAAGAAAUGAAACAAGAAUCACAUGUUUCAGACAAACUAGAAAUGGUGGAUGAUGCAGAGAGAAAUGUUGACCGUGAUAUAAAAGAAACAAAUGACUUGAUAGAGCGUUGGCAAAAAAUUGAAGAUAUGCAUGUAAAGAAAGAACAAAUUUUAAAAAUUUUCUCCUUAACUACAGCGAAAGAGAAAACGCAACUUAAAGUUAAUAAUGAAAUUAAUGACGACAAUAUAGAUGAAGAUGAUGAAUCGAUUUUGGAAAAUGAAUUACAAAAUAUUUACAAUUGGCGUCAAAAACGUUCGUAA